GUGAAGCGGGCCCUGGUGUACACACACACUCAGUGAACAGUGACAGAGAAACUUUAACCAGCACACUGAGACACUGUCACUACAGAAAAGCGGGAGAGACAGAAACGGAGAGAGAGAGAGCAGAGAGAGAGAGAGUGAGUGAGACGGAGAGAGUGAGAGUGAGAGAGGGCGAUGGCACUUUGGUGUGUUAGUGCCGGAGUGACGGCGUGGUGAACACUCCUGCCAGAGUGGACUAACCCGACUGGAUCUACAGACUGAAGGACAACGUAAAGGACUUCGCACUGAGCAGAAAGAACUGAGCGAGAUGUCUCGACGAAGCUGGAGUUUCUCCUCCGUGCGUCUGAGGACUAAACGGACGUCGGAGGAUGAAACUUCAGAUGGAUUUCGGAGGAGAGACAGAUUAUUCUCCUCUGUCAGAGAAAAUCGCAGACGACCUAAGGGCUCUGAGGGGGAUGGUGCGGACCCCAGCACAGAUAAACCAAGAGGAAAUGAAAUGCACCAAGGUAUGUUCCCGCCAGGUGAGGAUGAGGAGGAUAAAGGAGCGAUGAAGAGGCUCAGCACCAUGUGGACCUCAUUUCGUGGAAAAAUCAGCCGAGACAGAGUUCCUAAAGAACCGGACUCACCCUUGAGCUCUGAGCUGGCUCCGGUGGAGGAGAAGCCUAGAGACCAGCGCUACACCAGUGGGCAGUUUUUCUUCGAGUACCUGGUGGUGGUCAGCCUGAAGAAGACCAAAAGUGGAGUUUAUGAACCACAGAUCACCUACCAGUUCCCCAAGAAAGAUGGCAUGGUACGCUUCCAGAAGGAGGAAGAGGAGAAGACACUGAAGGCCAUCACUCUGUUCUGCUUUCCUGAAGGCAUCAACUGGGCUCCACUGACGGAAUAUUGCAGUGAGACGUUCUCUUUCGUUUUGACGGAAAUCGACGGAAGCAGGAGAAAUGGUUACUGCCGGAGGCUGCUGCCUCAUGGUAAUGGCGCUCGUCCACCAGAAGCAUACUGCAUCAUCAGCAAGGUGGCCUGCUUUGGGCUCUUCUCCAAGAUCUUUGAUGAGGUGGAGAAGAGGAGGCAGAAGUCCAUGGCCAUGAUCUAUCCGUUCAUGCAGAGUCUGAGAGAAGCUCCAUUUCCUGCGCCCGGAAACACCGUCAACAUCAAAAGCUUCAUCCCUGAAUCUGGCACUGAGAUCAUCAGUUUGACGCGUCCCAUAGACUCUUGGCUGGAACACGUGGAUUUCCGGGUUCUGUUCAGGUGUCUAACGGAUGAGGAGGUGCUCCAGGUGUUCGCUGCAACUGUGUUGGAGCGCAGAAUUAUCUUCAUUGCAGAGGAACUGGGCACGUUAUCUCAGGUGAUCCACGCCGUUACUGUUCUUCUCUAUCCUUUCAUCUGGCAGCACACGCUCAUCUCCAUCGUACCUGAAAUCCUCAUAGACGUGGUCAUGGCCCCCACACCGUACCUGCUGGGGGUCCAGAAGCGCCUAGCUGACCAAGUCACUGACCAGGGCGACCUGCUGGCCGUCGACUUGUCAGAGGGAAGAAAACAAACCUUUAUCAGAGAAAAUGGAGACGAGGACAGCAUCUUACCUCACAAACUAAAAGAGGAAAUCCUGCAAGCUCUGAAGUCCAGAAAUGAGAACGCCACCCUUGAGGAGCUGAAUCGUGUGGUUCCUGAAGCAUUCCUUCCGUUCUUCAUGAAGACGGUCGGACAUUUCUCUAAAUACAUCGUCAGGAACGGGCCAGGUCAGCCAGGACAGUUCCAGAAGAGGAACUUCUAUAAAGCUCUGGAGUCCAAAAGUACUCGGCACUUCGUUAAGAAGUUCGUGGAGACGCAGAUGUUUGAUCUGUUUAUUCAGGAAGCAGAACAGCGGCCUACCAACCAGAAUGGUUUUUUCGAGCAGAAGAUCGCAGAAUACCAGAGGAAGGUGAGAGAGAAGACGAAGAAACACUAGAACUCCUUCAGACACGCCUGUGGAUUUGAUCUCUAAUCUUAAAUGAAAUGAUUUAGAUGGAUGUUUAGUUGCUCAGAAGUGUAGAUUGUCGUUUCUAGAUUAUUUAAGUUAUCUGUGAGUUUAAUUUGAACUGUAAAAUGGGGUUUUCUGUGUGUAUAUUGUGCUACUUUAUAUCAGCUGAGUCUGAAUGUGUGUGUGAUGCUGUACGUGUGGAAGACAGACUGCAGACACAUUUCAUCUUAGGGCUUUUUUUUGUUUUGGUUAAUAUUGAUCCUGAUCAAUGGAUUAAAAACUGAGCCAGUGUUGAAACUCUUUAAUAAAGACGUUUUUCUUUUUAA